AUGUCGAUUGACCGACCAUCCGAGGCACCAUCGCCGUCCUUCUGCCCGCCCGCCACCGCGCGAACGGGCCAACAGCUGCUCGUCUCUGACCCUGCGCGCUUUUUUCCUCUCGGCACAUUUUCCCCCGCGUCGCCGCUUGGCAGCUCUUCUUGUCCCAGGGUCGAGGCUAAAUUCGGAGGUCAGCCGAGCCCAUCCAGACGGCCCAGCCGCCGCCGCCCCGCUCCGCUCCAAUUCAGUGCAGCUUGCUCAUUUGAAGCCAGAGCCCGUCUCUGCCUUCCAGAGCGUGGCGAGGGGAAGCUGCCCGGCUUUUCCGAAUUUGACGGUCAUGCGCCCGUCCGACGCUCGCAAAAUUGCCGUGCCUCCGCCUGCCUCUCACUCGGCGCUGGAUUUGGCCGACCGCCAGAAGAGACGCGCGCUUGUCUGCCGCAGGCAGGAUCGACCUUACAGAUCUCAUCGCAGCAGCAGCAGCAGCAAGAUGCCUUCCACCAGGUUGACCGUGCCCGUAUCCGCCGACCAAAUUGGCCGAGCACGCUCUUCAUCCUGCAAGCGUUUUCGCUUGGAUCACGGAAGCGCGCAAGGCUCGAGCUGCUACAUGCCAUGGAGGCGGCGAGUGCCAGUGCCGAGAUGUUGAGGAGUGUGUCACUUGCGAGUCUCGAAGCCCAGCCACAGAGCAAGACCGAUGCAGUCGUCUUGGCUGGGGCGCUGGAAGGCAUUGUUAGACUCGUCGGAAAAGGACCAGCAUCGGUCGGCCUCGAUGUCGCCGUUGCCAGGCUAGCAGCGACUGAUCUUGGGAUCGUCUGGCAGAAGCAUCAACUCGGCAGCCCACACGCGUAA